UUGUUAGCGUGUCUACCUUGACACUGACCGAUUCUGUUGUAACCUGGACGUAACUGACAGGCGGCAACGCUUCUUAAACCAAACUUCGCUCCCAUUAAGAAUUUAUUCUUAAAUCGUGAAUCAUCUUCUUCAUUUUCCUCCACAGAAACCAUCAGGUACCCGUUUACACUGGUGUUUUAGUUGCGGUCCGCGAGUUGUUGUUGUCGGAGGUCAGUGGGUCUCCAGGUGAAACCAGCGCGCUGUCCAGAUGCUUUCCCCGGGCAGGACCGUCUCCUCCCGGCUGUUCAGGCCGGUCUCGUGGAUCCCUCUCCGGCUGGGCUCUGACCGGAGAGCCGCCAGCACUCUGCAGAAAGAGUUGAUAAAGAAACAUGAACUGGAGAAAGAUGAGCCCCGUCCCCUCUACAUGGACUUCCAGGCCACCACGCCCAUGGACCCCCGGGUGUUGGACGCCAUGUUGCCCUACCAGGUGAAUUACUACGGUAACCCUCACUCCAGAACACACGCCUACGGCUGGGAGAGCGAGAGCGCCAUGGAGACGGCCAGGAAGCAGGUGGCUGAUCUGAUUGGAGCAGAUCCCAGAGAGAUCAUCUUCACCAGCGGAGCCACCGAGUCCAACAACAUGGCCAUCAAGGGCGUGGCCAGGUUCUACCAGUCCAAGAAGCGUCAUGUGAUCACCACGCAGACGGAACAUAAAUGUGUUUUGGACUCGUGUCGAGUUCUGGAGGCCGAAGGAUUCAACAUCACCUACCUGCCAGUCCAGACGAACGGACUGCUGGACCUGGAGCUGUUGGAGGCCUCAAUCCGUCCUGACACCUCUCUGUUGUCGGUGAUGACCAUCAACAACGAGAUCGGAGUCAAGCAGCCCAUCAAGGAGAUCGGUCAGAUUUGUCGUUCUAAAGGAGUCUUCCUCCACACUGACGCCGCUCAGGCUGUCGGAAAGAUUCCCAUCAACGUCACGGACUGGAAGGUUGAUCUGAUGUCCAUCAGCGGUCACAAGAUCUACGGACCCAAAGGUGUGGGUGCUUUGUAUGUGCGCCGCCGGCCCAGAGUGCGUAUGGAGCCGCUGCAGAGCGGGGGCGGGCAGGAGAGGGGGCUGCGCUCCGGCACCGUCCCCACCCCGCUGGCUGUGGGGCUGGGAGCCGCCUGCAACAUCGCCCAGCAGGAGAUGGAGUAUGAUCAUCACAGAGUGUCCAUGCUGGCUAAUCGUCUGGUCCAGAAGAUCAUGUCUGGGAUUCCUGACGUCAUCAUGAACGGAGAUCCACAAGAACGCUAUCCUGGCUGUAUCAACCUGUCCUUUGCCUAUGUGGAGGGAGAGAGUCUGUUGAUGGCGCUGAAGGAUGUCGCUCUGUCAUCUGGGAGCGCAUGUACGUCAGCGUCUCUGGAGCCAUCAUAUGUCCUCAGAGCGAUCGGAGCAGAUGAAGACUUGGCUCACUCUUCCAUCAGGUUUGGUAUUGGCAGGUUCACCACAGAAGACGAGGUUGACUACACAGCAGAGAAAUGCAUCCAGCAGGUCUCCAGACUCCGAGAGAUGAGUCCUCUGUGGGAGAUGGUUCAAGAAGGCAUCGAUCUAAAGAGCAUCAAGUGGUCGCAGCACUAGACUCCUCCCACUUCCUGUUUGCAUCCUAGCUGACUGACGACGACGACGAUGAUGAUGAUGAUGAUGAUUCCCAGGGAAUUCUGGGAAUAGACCAGCUUUUCCUUCCUGUAUACAAACACGCACAAACUUCCUGUCUGACUUGAAGUCUGUUUGUAGCUGUAGCUCUGUUUCUCCAUAGAGGCUCCUCUAGUUGCUCUGUAGGAGAUGUUGCUCAGAGAGUUUACCAACACGUGGCAACCUUGACUGAAACGUUUUUAGAGACUGUGAACCCCGAGUCCUGUAUCAUGAAGUCAUUUCGUCUUAGACUGGCUCUCUUUGGGUUACGUGGCUUCACUGAGUCUAACAUCAGUGAUCCUGCUGAUGGUAUCAUGAAGCUGGUUAGCAACUGGAGUUAACUCUGGGUUUAUUAAUCCCGCUCUAAGGAUGUUCACAUGAAAGAGUAGUUCUUAAUGGUGGGGUAUGAGAUUUUUAUACAUCCAAUACACGUAUUUUUGUCAAAUCCAGCAAAUAUCUUCUCACGAUCCGCUAGCUGUCCGUUCUGUGUGUGCACUAAAAAAACUCUGGUGUUUGUACGCAGCCCUGGCUCUGUAAAUGGGAAACAAACAAACCUUCUCGUUCUCUCUGGCUGUUAGCUUCUCAGCAGCAACUGUAGGGACAGUUUGCUAACCCACAACCUAGCUAUGCUAACCCAUGACCUAGCUAAUGUUAGUUAUAUUACUUGCUGUGUCGUUGUUCGCUCUAUAUCAUGGUAUUCUCCAGAAUCACAUACCCCACCUUUAAUUACAGUAAUUACAAUUACAGGAAUGAUGACUCCAUUUUUCCAGUGAUCUGAUUGGUCCGUACUGGACUGUUGACAGGUUUUGAUCUGAUCUUCUGAAGUGAACUUGCUCUGGAGCAAGUUAGCUCUGCAGCAUAGGUUACCAUAGUCAUCUAUCGCGGUUACCAUGGUGAUCUACCCUGGUUAAAAGUGAACCAGUUCUGUGAUGCCAGAAAACCUGAUUUAAACGCAAAGAAAGCUCGCUAAACAGCUAAUCUGGCUUAGUGAUACAGGCUCAGGCAACGACCCCACUGACAAGAAAUAAAAUAGGAACAAUGGGCAGUGUUGCUUCAGGGAGGCUGGGGACUGAAGGCAGCAGACCUACAUUCACUGACUCAUCUGAAGAUUUGAUGAUUAACUAAUAAUUCUUUGAGUCAGAACUUUUCACUUGAUUAUUCACCUAUUGUCUCCUGCACGGUUCACAGGUAGAUACACUCUCCUCUCUGUCCCAGAACUCAGUCUUGCAGUUUUUCUUUUUCUUUCCACAUCAGUGUUCAGUAUUAGCAGCUGUUCUCGGAGAGCAUCCAGUCAAACACAGUGUUAGCAGCCGCAGUUUGAUUAUUUUAAGUCUGGAACACUCUACAAGACGGUAGCCUUGAUUUGACCACAACGGCUGAUUUUCAAGAUGGUGGAGAGUAAAAACAGCUCAGUUCCAGUCUCUCACGUACUGACUGAGGCUCAGUGUCACACUUCUGCCACACAUGUAAUCAGCUGAGCUUAGAACUGUCGUAUUUAUUAGACACCAGCAUCUACUGUUACUCUCAUCAUAUACAUUAUUAUCCAAUAAAGUGCUGCUUCAUGAUUAUGCAA